UGCCACAGUGUUUAUGUUGGCUUUGCGAAAGUCACGAAGAAGAGGGUCAUCACUUCCGACACAACUAUCAGUGCGACAAUAUGGCAGCGGUGAUUGAAGGUAACGAGGAAAGUGGGUUUUCUGGCGAAAGUGGGGCGGCCAGGAUACAAGAGCGACUUCAGAAGCGGCACCAGGCAAGGAUCGAGGAUGCCGAGCGGAGGAAGGAGGCUAAAGAGAGCCAUUCUGUCGCCGAGGAGAAGAGCGAGUAUUUCUCCAUCGCCUUCAACAGGGAGCGGGCGUGUAUAGAGGAGCUACUGUCCAGCUGUUCCGGAGCUGAGCGCGCUGUGGUGACUGAGAAACUAGAAGAGGCCACGACCAAAACUCUCCAGCUGCAAAAGUUUCUGAAUGACAGUAUGCAGUUUCUAACGCAGUACGAGCUCAGGCAAGCCCAGGCUGCUCUCCAGAAACUCCAAACCUCGCUGUCUGAGACCAAAGAGGAGGCUUUGCCCAGGAAGAAGUUUGCCUUUCGAACUCGCACCAAGGCAACAGAUAAAGCCUCUGCACAAGAUGCUCAUCCCCUUCCCCGUGAUGAAGGCACAGCUGCAGAGACAGGUAGGACCAAGGUGGAUGGAGCAGCACCCGCCGAGCAGUGCGGCUUCUCCAACAUGACCAGUGAGUUUCUGACCAAGACGGCUGAAGAGAUCCAAAAACGAGAUGUGCUUCUCACUCACCUGACCAACUGCAAAGUCCAUCUGUUCGGCUCCCCCAGCACGCUGCACCUGAAACACAUCGACAGCUGUGAGAUCCUGUGCGGGCCGGUGUCCAGUUCAGUUUUUGUAGAUAAUUGCAGAAACAGCGUGCUGGCCUUUCCCUGUCAGCAGCUGCGGACCCACAACACAACCGACACACAAGUGUAUCUGCACGUCACCAGCCGAGCCAUCAUAGAGGACUGUCACGGAGUGAGCUUUGCCCCGUUCACAUGGUCCUAUCCCACCCUGGAAGAGGACUUCACUGUGUCUGGGCUGGACCGGGCCCGAAACAACUGGACUCAGGUGGAUGACUUCAACUGGCUUGCUGCUGGGACACCUUCCCCAAACUGGACUGUUAUUCCAGAAGCAGACAGAAAAGCCAACUGGGACUCCUAGAAUGGGACUUUUAAUGACCUAAUGCACUAAAACAAAUGAUAGUAGAAAUUUUACAUGAAGUGCUUGCGGCCAGAAUGCACAUUUAAUGUCCAUUUUAUUUCAUGGAUAUAAUCUUCAUUAAUAUAUUUAAAUAAAAAUUCACUUAAU